AUGCACGAUAGGGAGCUGCAGAAACCUAAUUUUUAUAAUCAAUAUUUACCAUUUAAUGAAUCAAUCAAACUACAAGGUUUUAAAAUUUUCGAUGAAAUUCGAGAAAAUUUAUCUCGUACCAUUCAAUUGAAUGAAUUGCAUCCGGGUUUUUCAUUUUGGUCGAAAGAAUUGCAACGAUUCAUUUAUCUCUAUAGAUUCUAUUUUACUAAAAUCGAUCAUCUAAAGCUCAUUAAUUUUUAUCUAUCAAUUCUUUCUAUAACUGAUCUCCAUUAUACAAAUGUAGAAAUAUGUUGUAAUUUACUUUCUGAUCUUUUACGAAAAACUCAUCUAAUUACGAGAGAUGAUCUAAUUAUUGACUGGCAUAAACUCUAUCGAUGGGUUAAAAUAAUUCAAAAUAAUCAUGAUGAAAACUAUGGAUUGGUCACUUUAUCGAAUUUCUUCUCAAGUAUUGAUAAUAUCACUGAACCAUAUCGUUUUACAUCAAUUCUAAAAUGUUUAACAUAUGUUGCUCGUCAAAUAGUUCAGCAAACGUCUUCUUACUAUCAUGGACAAAUAUAUUUAUUACCAUUGCUUAUGUCUGUAUUACCUGGAAUUGAUUUAAAUGAUUCCGAAAAGACAUUAACAACAUUAAAAUUUCUGAAUACUAUUUUCUCACUUAUUGUCUGUAUUGAUUGUUCAUCAGCAGUAGAUAUUCGAAAUGAUCUAACAGAUAUUGAAAAACAAGUAUGUCUAUCAACUAAUCAAUUUGAAAGUUUUAUUAUUGCAUUUCUAAAUCAAGUAUUUCGAAUAAUUGAAAUCUUAUCAACAGAUAUUUCCGAUGAUACACUUAUCAUUGACGAUUUGAUUCAAGAAAAAAUAAGAAUAUUUCUUUCUGGUACAUAUAUUUCACCAAGAGUCAGAGGUCUUGUAUCUGCUCUCAUCCGAGCAAUGGUCGGUGGUAAUCCAAUUGAAACACUUCGAUGUUUUUUACCUCAAACAUGUGAAUCAAUUGAAAAGAUUAUGAAUAAUAUUAAUACAAAAGAUUUAUUCAUGAAUGGUACAGAAAAUCUUGAACUCAUUUGGUAUUUAUCUAUUUUCUCUGAACUUAUUCAUGCUCGUGGUGAUAUUUUGCUAGAUUACAAAAGAAUAAUUAUGACGGUUUUUCAUCGAUGUAUUCCUAUUAUUCACAAAGAUUCAUGUAGAAUUAUGGCUAAGACAGCCAGAAAUUUACUUGAUUCACUCAGUGAUAUAUAUCCAAUCGAAUAUCGAUUAACAAUUGAGAAUGUCGAUGAAUCAUUCAUUAAGUUUUUACCAAUUCGGAUAUGGGGACAACCUGUCAAUUUUGAUCAAAACCAAGUUCAAUAUCAUAUUCCAAAUGCAAAUGAAAUUGAUUUUAUUUGUGAAUUUGUUGAUACAUUUCUUUAUCCCGAAUUGACACUGUUGAAUGAGAAAAGUCUAGAAUUGUCAAAUCACGAACGAUUAAGAUCUCUGACAUUUAUUUAUCACAUCGCUCUUGGAUGUCUUCGUAUGGUACCAUGUAUUAAAAGCGAAUAUGAAUUUGUUCUGUAUAAUUUGAAACCUUUUACAGAAGUUGAUAAACAAAUUGUAGAUAAACUAUUCGAAUUGUCAAUUAAUCGAUACAGUGAAGUACGUCGUAUUGCACAAGAAGAGUUAUUUUCUGUUCUUAAUCUCUAUACAUUCUCAUGCAAUACAAUUAUAGAUCGAAUUAUCGAGAUAUUAAAUACAAAAAACGAAGCUGAUCAUGAUCAAGUGAAGGUUGGGUCAUAUCUAUUAAAUUUAUUUACUAUUUUCACUGUUUCACAGGGAUGUUUGUAUAUACUUCUUGGUAAUGACUCAUUUUUCUUACUCAAAAAUAUUACAUGGGCUAAAAUGGAAAAAUUGUGGCCAUUGAUACCAAGUAUUAAUCAUACUGAAAAACUCACUAUUCAAAACUUGAUUCAGCAGAUUAGUCGAAAAAUAAAAAAAGAGUUUAUUACGAAAGGAAUUAUUCAAAAUACAAACGAAGAAUCAAUACGUACGGCAGUGGCUCUUUGGCGCCCAUUAGAAUCGAAUGAAAUUCAAGCGGGUUAUCAAGUUCAUGAAGAACAAUAUAGAAUCAACAUUGAAUCGUACAAUAAUCUUAUGGAAAAACUCUAUUUGUUUCUCAUUAGAAAUACAGUAACAUGGAAACAACAACAAAUAGCUAUGUUGUUGAUGACCUACGCUUUUGAAAAGCAUAUACCAAUUUUGAAUUGUUGUAUUCAGACAUUUGUUGAUCUUCUCAUCCAUGAUAAUAUAGAAUUUCGAAAGUUGGCUGUGAAUAUUAUUGCAGGAGUUUGUCGAUUACAAAAACCUAAACUUGUCUAUGAAGAAAAGUCUCUGAAUGAAAUUUUUCAAAAUAACGGACAAUUAUCAACAAUAAAUAUUAACGAUGAGCAUCAUCCUGGGGAUCGGGAUGAUAAUGUAUGGCUUACGAUCGAUGGCUAUGUUCCUCCUAAAACGCAGAUCGAAUGGGAACAAACUUGCUUUUUGGACAAAUCAUUCCAUGGCUUUAACACAUGGCCUAAAAUAAUCAAAUAUGCCAUAAAUAAACGUGAAUGUUACUCACGAACUAAUAUGUCAGAACAAGUGGCUAUCUUAUAUAAUCAAUUUAUAGAUGGAAAUUUCGUGAAACGGAUGAUACGAGAUCCACGUCGAAUGUAUCGAACCAUUCAAUUUCUUUGUUCAUUGAUUAAUAAUCAAAUAAAGGUUAAUACUUUGACAGAGACAUCGCGUUGGUAUCUUAUUCAACAGUUAAGCAUUUUUCAAUGGCGUAUCCCAUCUAUUUGGUGUUCUAUUAAUGAACAUGUCAAGAAACUGUUGAACCAUUCGUUUCAAGUUGUGCGAGAUCGUGCAGUGACUGUUUUAUCUCUCUCGCUCAGUUUUGAUUUGACAUUGCCUCGUGGAAACAUGGCACGUCAACCUAGUGUCGAUCAAUAUAUCGAUGAAAUACGUGAACAAUUGUUACAAGUCAUUGAAAUCUACGAAAAAACACCACCAAUUAGUAUAUCUGAUAAAAGCAUUGAAAUCGAUUCUGAAUUUCGUCAAAUGUUAGAUUUCAUUGAUACAGCUAAUAAUGAUUUAAUUAAGUGGAAUUUAAUAGAGAGUCGAUUGUGUGUUGGUAUGGCUUAUUUAAAUGCACACUUUUUGGAAGCACUUAUUCAACAAUUGGAAAACGUAUAUGGGAGUUCUACAUGGCAUGCACGUCAAGUAGUCAUUGAAUUUAUUCAAACAAUGAUCUUUUCUAAUUUUUUUAAUGCUCGUUCUUAUGCUAAUCGAAUACAUAAUCUUGUAUUCAAAUCUCUAGUUGAUGAACAAUUAGAAGUACGAAUAAUUGCAUCGAAGACUUUAUCAGGUCUUUAUCAAUGUGGUUAUAUUCCAGUGACUGAUGAAGAUUUGGUAGGAUAA